CCAAAACGCAUUCUCGAAAUACGCCGCUCCGUCCUUCUCUCCUCCCCUCUCCACUGGCGGCCGCCGCAACCCAGCAAUGUCCGCCUCCUCGCCACCGCCGCCACCGCCACAGCCGCUCCCCUCCGGCGGAGGCGCUCCCGUAACCCUCUUCCUCGACACGGACCUCGGCACCCACCUCGCCCUGAACGUCGCCGCGGACUCCACUAUCCGCGGCCUCAAGACGCAAGUGGCCGUGGAGCACGCAACCGCCUUCCCCGACCUCGGCACCGUCUCCGUCAAGUCCUUUCAGGUGCUACGGAAGGGUGCAAUGUAUCACCUCUCUGAUUCGAUGGUAGUGAGGAGUGCAUUUGCCAAGGUGAAGGCUGGGUACUUUCUGCAUGUCAAGAUGGCAGCAGCGGAGGCGGGCACGCACCACUGCAGAGAUGAGGACAGAGGGAAAUCAAGUGAUAAGCUUCCUCCAGUGCUUGAAGGUGGUGAAGAUCCUGCAGUUAAUGUUAGUGCACAUGAUGUGCAUCCAUCAUUCUCGUCACAACGGAAUAUAGAAAGAAAUAGCACAGCAGUAUGCCUGGCGAUAGAUGGACCAACAAUUUCUGUUCCAGCUAUUGACAAUUCAGAGAAGCAACACAGGGAUCAAACUGAAGGGGUUUAUGUUGAUUCAACAUCUGUGGCAAACAUCAAUGGUUUAACAAAUCAAAGUAAUGUGACCCUGUCUGGAAAGGAGGUACAUGCAAGAGAGGAAGACCUUCUGCAUAGUGUUGGAGACCGUGAACAAGGUUUUGAUUCCGGUGACAAGCAAAUGGGGACAAGGGAGGAAAUAUUGGGAGAGCUUGAUGCAUUGGAUGAUCUCUCUCAAGAAAAGGACCGCAAAAAGGCUAGAGUGGCUGGUUCUUUUGACACAUCAGCUGUUGAUCCUAUUAGAGAAACUAAUGAUUCUACGACCAGAGAUGUGGAAACUAACACUAAUUCUCGUGGGAUGCUUUCAAACACUUCUUUUCAGCAGGAAGUGGAUGGAAACGUAAAAGAGGAUUCAGUCCAACUAGAAAAUCCAAUCAUUCCUGAGAAGAAUAAGAAAAGGAAAAAGAGUAAGUUAGUCACUUCCAAAGAUGUUUCUGCUCGAGAAAUGACAGAACCAUCAACUGGAGCAGUGGAGCAAUCAAAAGCCAUAGGUGAUGCUGCAUCUAACGUCAAAAUGACCAGCAGAGACAAAACAAAGGUAAUACCAGCUGACAUGCUUCUUUCGCCAUCAGAACUAAAUAGUGGAAGCCAAGUGACCAAGCAUGUUCAAUUGGGGACUGAUGCUCAGGCAGCUAGUGAUCUAGCUGCUGACCAAAGCAAUAUCGGUCUUUCCACAUGCAAAGUUGUACCUGGUGAAGAAAAAUCUGCUGAAGGAACCAAUGAUGGGGAUCGUGAUGAAAGCGCAAUUGACGCAAGCAACACGGAGAAAGGCAAAAGCAAGGAUGUCUUGGAGGCACUAGAUAAUAUUUCUCAAGAGAAAAACUGCAAGAAAUCAAAGAAGGCUAGCUCUCUUGGCCUAACCUCCAUGGAUACUGCGGAAGCAAAAGACCAGUGUGGGUAUGGUGAGAAAGCAGGCAAAUCAGAUAUUAUUUCUACUCAGCAGGAGAUUGUAAAUGACCCUGACAAGCGACAGAUUGCAAGCAAUCUGAAACAAGGGCAUUUUAAUGUAACAGAAAAUCCAAAUGAUGUAAAGCGGAAGAAAAAGAGAAGACAUCGCCCGGAGUCUUCAAAUGAUGAUCCUACUCAAGAUGCGGCAAACUCAUCUGGAUUCUUUAUGAAUAACUCAACACAGGACACCAGUACCUGCUGUCUAGAUGCAAAGCAGAUAACACUAGGCAAUAUAGGAGAGGAAACAGCUGAUGAAAAAGAUCAAUGCAGGCGCGAGAAGGUGGCCGAACCAGUUAUAGUUUCUACUCAGGGUGCGAGUGUAAAUGACCCAAGCAAUGUGCAGCAAGGAAAUUCUGAUGUAAGAAAGAAUUCAAAUGGUGAUGGGAAGAGAAAAAAGAAGCAAAAACGCCACUUGGAGUCUUCAAAGGAUGAUCCUACUCAAGAUGUGACAAAACCGUCUGGAUUGAUUACACCAGGCACUAUAGGAGAAGCAACAGUUGGUGACUGCAGGAAGGUUGAUGGAACUGUGGAUGUAGCAACAACAAAUGUGAUUAAUGAGGUGUUGGCAGAUUUAAGAUGCACAAACAACUUAAGUACAGUUUUGGAUGGAGAUCUGUCAAUGGAACAAAGUAAAGGUGGUGCAAGUGAAUCAUUGCCCUCAUCAGCUAUUCAAUCUGAUCCCCGCAUCAGCUCACCUAGUCAUAAGUCUAAAUCAACUGUACUUGACCCGUCUCAUUCUUCUGGUGGUCUACCUGAUGAAAAAAUCAGUGAUGUUAAGGAUGUUUUGACUGAGAAUACAGUAGUGCCAGCUAAUGGCAGAAGCAAAUCCACUAAGCGUCAGAGAAAUAAGCUUUCCUUAAAGCAUGUUCCUACUGAUAGUGGUAAAGCUAUUCAGGCUUUGGGUGAGCAAGUUAGACAUGUUCCUGCAGAGGACUUUAAAGGAGAUAAUUGUACGAAAGCCGAAUUGUUUCAAGGAGCUUCUGCAGUCGGUGCUCCUGCAGGUACUGGUCAAAUAGUUCAGAAGAAAAGUAAAAGGUCUUCUAAGACUCAGCCUCGUAAAAUAGAGGAAGUUAAUAAUUCCACACAUGGACAUGAGAAUCAGUUCGCGAACGAUAGCCAGAACAAACACGUAACUGAUAUUGACGGGACCCAUAAUAUUGAAAAGACAGCAGGAGCUCCAACAGAAUCACCUGUAGUCCAUAAAGAUGACACAAGUGUCACGCAUGACAAGCCUAAUGCUCGAAAGGGAAGGAAGAAAUCUUCCACGAUUGAACUUCAGAGUCAGGAUACCAACGUGGAACAUGAUUCUGAUGCAAAUUUCAUGAACUCCAGGGCUCAACAGGGAGCAGUUAUUCCUGAAGGUUCUUCUGAUGCUGUUGAACCAAAUGAUUAUGUAGCGGUUCAUCCUGGUAAUGACAAAAUCAAUUUCCUUGACCAUUUUAGCCCCAUUGCGACGAAUGACCCAUCUGAUUCUACAAAAAACAUUGACGAAACUAUAAGGGAAGUAAAGGGCAAAAAGAAAAGCAAAAGAAAAGCAGAUACACAGUCUCAACAUGCUGGUAGUAUUGAACCAAAUGAUCUGCCAGAGUCUGAUGUUCAUAGAGAUAAAACUAGCUUAGCUGAUCAUUUUGGUACUGGAAAUGUGAGUGUGCCUUCUGUUAUAGCAGAAAACAUGAACAAAGAAUAUGGUAAUGUGAAGAAAACCAAGGGGAAAAAGAAGAGCAAAACAAAACUGGAUUUGCUCAAACCCGAGUCUCUAAAUCUAAUGGGUGGUAACCAGGAAACUGAUAAUUGUACACAUGAUUUGAUGCCUUCUGAUGCGCAGAAGGGAAGAAUGGAGAACGAUAAAGGUAUUCAGAAUGGUAGUAUGCUGCAACAGGAGACAGAAGAUGCUACACCUGAUAGCACGCGUGAAAAGAAGUCCCACCAAAGCAUGUUUAGUGCUGAUAAUCAGACUAAUUUGCCCAUUGAGAAGGAUCAUGCACGCAUUAGCAAAGAACAGAGGAACUCUACUUCUCAGGCAAAGUGUCACGCCAAGAGUAGAAAACAUGAUGGGUCUAUUGAUGGAAGGACAAGUACAAAUCCUACCGAUGUAGGCAACCCUGUUCAGAGCUUUCCGGUGCGCCCGCAAGUAUCUAAUGAAAGCGCUUACGGCACACCAUCUGUUGACCAGUUUAGAGUAGCAGUUCGGAAAGUCCCAAGAAAAAGGUAUGAACAGGUCAAUUACAAAUCCAAAAAGGAUAUUAGUAAGAGAGGCACUGGCUCAAUUUUCGGUGACACCAUAAGUGAAAGCUCUGAUGAAGUAUUGAACACCAUGAGUCAAAAGGCUGCCAUGGAAAAUUCAUCAUCCACAUCUGCGGGCUCAGGCAUUUCAUCUGCAGCCUGGGAUGGAAUUGACGCACCUGAUGACGAGGACAUUGUAUCAUUAUCCCAGAAGAGUGACAUCCACUCCAUCCUCCGAGGCUCCACUAGCUACAAGAAGGCGAGGCUAAAACCAACUGAGCUGUUGGACGACACCGAGGAGGCCUGAUAGCCAGCCACCUAUCUGAAUGAAUGAAACCUGAUGCUUGCCUGGACUCAAGUCGUUGGAGCUGAAUGAAUGAACCUGAAUACCUGUUGCCUUUAUGCUGCGUGCUUCACGCAAUUUUCCAACGUUUGUGCAUUGUGGAUUAUCACGUUAAAACUACAGUGCACAGCUCCAGCUGUAUUCUCUGCCUGUGAUUUUUUUGGGUUGGCGACAGUCCUAAAACAUUUAUUAGCUUCUUAUCUUUA